AUGCCGGCCAAGAUUGCUGCAAGACUGGCCUGGGAGCAAAGUGGCCAAGCUCUGUUCACAUGGGCAUUUAGGUACACAAUUGGGCCACAUACACGACGCCAGAGGGGAAUGGAAGGAGGGACGCAAGGGCAGCGUCUUGUCGCCGCCAAAGCAGGGUACAAAUACGAGUGGGAUACCCUCACCUGCCUGGCCAGCUGCCUUGUCCUGCGUGGGCACAGUCGACUGGGACGUACAAUCCGUCUAUCCACAGGCCGAGCUCUGCUAGUCGCUGGCCGCGAGUUCACAGGACUUCAAGUUAAUUGCCUCCUCCAUGUUCCCUUCUGUCCGGUUGUACGUGAUAGUCGCAUAUUCGUCUCCCAUGGGGCCUACUAUUUGGUAAUAUUUGGCUUGAAUUAA